UUUGCAACCGCGACCUUACCACGCCGCCGUCGACCUCCUCCCAGGUCUCGCCUGGAUCCUCCUUGGCAUCGAAAGCACCCGUCCUCUACUCGCUUGGCCCUCUCUCCGUCGCACCAGGGCCGAAUUGACUGGUGGCGCAGAUGGCUACACCACUGAUAGCAGGACUUGCAGUUGCAGGAGCUGCUCUUGCCGGUCGGUAUAGCAUCCAAGCUUGGCAGGCAUUUAAAGCAAGGCCUAUAGUGCCUAGGAUGCGCAAAUUCUAUGAGGGUGGCUUUCAACCUUCGAUGAAUCGAAAGGAAGCUGGUUUAAUCCUGGGUGUCAGGGAAAGUGCCAAUGCAGAGAAGGUAAAAGAGGCACACAAGAAGGUCAUGGUUGCGAAUCAUCCAGAUGCUGGCGGGAGCCAUUACCUUGCUUCGAAGAUCAAUGAGGCCAAAGAUAUUCUGCUAGGGAAGAGUAAAGGAGGUGGAUCUGCAUUUUGAUUAUGGGCUAUUCCUCAUGAAAGAAACCUGAAUUUAUCAUCUCUAGUCUCAGCACUUCAGAAGGUAGACUAAGAUCUUGAUCUAUGCUGAAAUUCAUGGACAAAGAAUGUAAGACCUUUAUAGGGCAGGUCUGUUGACAUGAAGAUGGAAUUAGUAGAGUUACUAAAAUUUUGAAUUAUCUGUUUAUAAGUUUUUACAGUCACAUUUCCAAUCUUCUAGAUCA